GCCAGCAUGUUUGCAUACCGACAUAAGAAAUAAUCAAAUCCAAAAUAAUAGUCUUGCAGUUAUGUCCACCAUCACACCGCAGGAGAAACUCAUCCACUCAGACGAUGGAUUUCUCGUCUAUCUUAUCAAGCAGACAACUUCAACCAUCGGUCUCCGAUGGGACUUCUCUGAACCGCUGGAGGCGCCAUUCGAUUUAUUCAAGGUGGAAAAGUGCUACAGCUGCAAGCGCAACCAAUGGCAGAUGGUGCAUUGGGGGAAGGCUUGGUCCGUCACCGUUCGCAACUUAGAACAGAACCUGUGCUAUUCGUUCCGGAUAACUGCCCUUAAACAAAAUGAGGAAGACGAAAGUUUCGGUUGCGUGAGAAAGUCCGAGAUAUUCAAAUCUUUCACACUGCCGGACGUACCGUCGACGAUGGCCAUUUUUCGGGCAGUGAAAAAGAGUCAACCGGCCUUGAUACGGAAACUUUUGAGCAUCAAACCGGAGUUGGUUAACGUUCCGGUUAAUGGGGAGACGUUUCUGUAUCAAGCGGUGCGCAAUAAUAACUUGGAGGUGAUCGAUUUGCUGUUGGAGUUCGGUGCGAAUGUGAAUCUUGGGGUUCCGAGCAAUUCGGAGACGCCGUUGCACUUGGCCAUCUACAACAAGAACAUCAAGAUCGCCCGUCACUUGCUUGAGCACGGGGCAGAUAUCAAUGCUGGGAACUGUAUUGGAAUGACAGCUGGGCACUAUGCGAUCGACACGAAUGAUCUACACACGCUGAAGUUUGUUCUAACGCACGGAGGGAGCACGGAGUCACGUGAUCGCUGCAGCUGGACGUUGAUUUUUCGAGCGAUCUACAUGCACACCAGCAUGGAGAUUAUCAAGUAUCUACUGGAGAGAAAGUGUCGGUUGAAAAUUCGAGACAAAAACCGACUGAUGCCGUUGGACUACGCUCGGCUGACGGAUCAGCAGGGGGUCAUCAAUCUCAUCAAACGACGACUCAAGAUCUAAUUGGAACGCCAUCGAACGGCAUCUUUAUUGGUAUUUACAGUUUGUGUGUAAAACUUUAAGCACAAUUUUGUAGUUCACUUCCACUGAAGUGUGUUCGAUUUAAAUAAAACUUAAC